UCCACGUCCCUGCCUCAGACGGUACUCCUCCCUUUCCUUUCCACGUGGUUGCAGAUGGCCGCUUGCAGAGGUUGAGCCGGGAAACUCUUGGUGGUGCCGUCUGAGCGGAACCUGCACCUCGUUGGGGGCGGUGAGGUGAGCGUAGGCGCCAGAGGCUGCAAUCCCUCCCUCCAGCUGCCUCUUCACUCUUUGGAGAAAUAGCCUGUCGUCUGUUUCCCGCCCGGUAGACGCUUUCUCUUUACCCACACCGCCAUCCCUGUGCUAGGAAAAGCCUCCCCUGCUAAAGUUGAUGUCUGGCAGACGACUGCUGUUAGACUUUACUCCCUUUCUGUUUGUGGGCAGUGUUCUCUCCCAAGCCAUCUCCCCAGUGACAAAGAUCUUCAAAGCCCUUGGUAGGACCUUCAGCUGAACAGCUGGCAUCUGGUGGAAGAAAGCUUCGUGAGUUGCCUCUUGACUGGAACGGCAUUCUCCAACCAUGGCUGAAGGGGGUGCUGAUGGAAACCAGCCACCACGUGACCCUCCUCGCAACCUCCAGGGCUUGCUACAGAUGGCAGUCACUGCAGGAAAUCCUGAGUCUGCUCCAAUGGAGCCCAUGUCUGAUGAGCGGAGGCAGUGGCUGCAGGAGGCGAUGGUAGAGGCGUUCCGGGGGCAAAUGGAUGAAGUAGAAAAAAUGAAGGAAUGCCUGCAGCUACUGGAGGCUUCAACCCCCGGAGCAGAGCGUGGAGGGGAGAGUCCGGAGGAAACGCGUUCAGACCUCGAGAACAGACAGGGUGCCUUAGACCUUCUGGCAGAGCUGUGUGAAAACUUGGAUAAUGCUGCAGACUUCUGCAAACUGGAGGGCAUGCGGCUGCUGGUGCACCGGUACCUGGAGCACGAGGAGGAAGAGCUGCGUUGGCGAGCUGCCCACUUGGUGGGCACCUGUGCCCAGAAUGUGCCCAAGGUGCAGGAGCAGGCCCUGGCGCUGGGCUGCCUGAGGAAGCUGUUGAAGCUGCUGGACCAUGAUCCCAGCGAGGCCGUCCGGAUCAAGGCACUCUUUGCUGUCUCCUGUUUGGUAAGAGCCCAGGAAGCUGGCCUGCAACAGUUCCUUCGUCUUGAUGGGUUCUCUGUCCUCAUGAGGGCCAUGCAGAGCAACGUGCAGAAACUGAAGGUGAAAUCUGCCUUCCUUCUCCAGAACCUUCUCAUAAACCACCCAGAGCAGAAAGAGACUCUCUGUUCCAUGGGAAUGGUCCAGCAGCUGGUGGCACUGAUCCGGUCUGAACACAGCACCUUCCAUGAACACGUCUUGGGAGCGUUGUGCAGUCUGGUAACAGAUUUCCCUCAGGGUGUGCGAGAGUGUCAAGAGCCGGAUUUGGCCCUCGAGGAACUGUUAAAGGAGCGAUGCCAGCUACUAAAGGAUCAGGAGGAAUUCCAGGAGGAGCUGGAUUUCUGUGAGACGCUGUUGCACCUUUGCUUCCACAGUCAGCCUGAUGAAAACAGCAUGGACCGUUAACUUGGCUUCCCAGAGUACCCUUUGGCACUGUUGGAAGUUCACGCUUGCAUUUGAAGCUGUGUCAGUUGGAGACACUUGAUGGAAACGCCUGUGUUUAUCCUCCCAUCCACUGACCUGGCGACAGGCUGGACUAACAGAAGAUCUCUCUGAAACGCAAUACACAGCUUGUUAGCCUACUGAUCAGCAGGAAGACACUUUCAUAAGCUGUCGCUGUGUAACUUCCUCUUCGUCAUCUUGCAGAAGCAUUCAUCCACUGUCUUCCUUCCCAGCCUCACCCAUGCAUUUACCUUCUAUAGGCAAAAAGCCAUAGUGUUGAGAUGAUUCUUGAGAUAUCCAUGCUUAAUUGGGAAAUGAAUCCUAUUUUCUCUCCUUAUGUUGCUUGUUUUCAAAAGACAAGAUACUUAGCAGGGAAAGGCUUGAGUGCCUUUUAAUUCCUUUAUCUAGAAAGUUAGGUGAUCCAAAAAAUUGUCUUUUUAGUUCUGCAGAUGGGAAUUGGGUACUCUACAAACUUAUGCUGGGUAACAUAUUUGGGGAGCAUUUGUUCAAAAGGGGCAGGGGCUUUCAUAUAUGACCUGUAUAUCUACCCAUACCUUAAAAAAAAUGUUGGGAGAGAUUAUUGUGGCCUCCUUUUUAAAAAAAAUUGAUUGUGACAACUCUGUGUAUUCCAAAAAGCUUGAAUUCCCCACCAUUGUA